AUGGAUGCUGUACAUAGGAUUGAGCUUGGACCAUCACUUGAUGCCAUAAAUAACCCACUGCACACCCGGCCACAACGUGCCUGUCCAGAAAUUUCUGCUGUUGCAUGCCAUAUCAUCCCAGACGUUGCAAUUUUGGAUCAAAAAUUAAAUUUACUAGAUUUGGAUAUUGUAAGAACCCAUUUGCUGAACGAAGGACGCCUCUCAAUCAAACAGAUCGAGAAAAUACUAAAUGACAGUGACACAGUGCUAAGGAGCGAACCUAACUUAUUAGAGAUCGGCACCAAGUGCUAUAUUUUUGGGGACAUUCAUGGACAAUUCUAUGAUCUAAUAUCUCUUCUAAAUUCAUUUGAUCUAAAGACCCAAACCCUCUUGUUUCUGGGAGAUUAUGUUGACAGGGGGCAGUUCAGCGUCGAAACAUAUCUUUACCUGAUGCUGCUCAAAUCUCAUUAUCCCCAAAACAUAUAUAUUUUGAGGGGAAACCAUGAGAGUGAGAAAAUGACGUCGUAUUUCACAUUUAAAUCAGAAUGUCUGUCUAAGUAUAAUAUUUCAAUAUAUAACAGAUUUGUAAAAUCAUUUAAGGCUCUACCAAUUGCUGCUGUCGUUCAAAAUAUAGCCUUUUGUGCGCAUGGGGGGAUAUCUCCACACAUGAAAAAGAUUUCUGAAAUCAACACCAUUGACAGGUUCAAGGAAAUUGUAUAUAAUGGAUUGUUUUGUGAUGUGUUCUGGUCCGAUCCACACGAAUACUAUGAUCUAGGGGAUGGGAAUGCCCUGGGAGUACAAUGA